GUAUCGGACCCUUGUCGGCGUUGUUGGCCAUGAGGGUAGCUGCGAGCCUGGCUGCGUGGAGUACCGCGAUGUCGUGGUUUCACCAAAUGUUUUCUACAAGGUGAAGGUUGAGGCUGCCCAGGUGGACAUGCAUUCCAAAGAUGAGCAUGUCAACGUCAAGGUAGGAGGGCAGACCGUGACGUGCAGCUCCAAAGUUGCUUCCGACUACAACUGUUCCCUGGUAGAGUGUGGUCACAUCAACUUUGGGCGGGUCGUUGUCAAUUCGGAAGUUCGUGUGGAGGUGGAAGCAUUCCGCACUCGCGACUCGUACGGUGCCCUGGUACGCCUGACGUUCGAGCCACAGGUCAGUGCGUCCUGGGUGACUGGAGAGUGGGGCUCGUGCGAUCAAGUUGACUGCAUUACAUCGACGGCUGCUGUGAACAGAUCCGUGCAGUGUAGGGUCUUCGACCCUGACGACAUGGGUGAUGGUGGUGACCGUUGUUUGCAGCCAGCGCCGAAAUCCAUGAGACUCUGCCAGGAGGCUCCAGAGUGCAUUCCGCCAGAUGCCUGCAUCUUGACAAGAAUUGGGCGACGUUCAGCAUGUUCAAGCCGCCGCAGCUGUCGCAUGCAAAGUUUCCGUUUCCUUGUUGACUUCAGGUGA